AUGCCAACAAUCAGUUAUACACUUCGUGAUGCGAUCGCUAACAAAAAACUUUCAUUGGACAACCCACCUCAUUUGCCUCAUAUAGAAUCUUUCAUAUUCGACAUUCUGAAUUUGUUUAUUACAAAAGACUUACCCAAAGUAACUUUGGAAGAUUUCUAUGUAUAUGAUGAACGGGGGAAGAUAAGCACAUUUGGAGAUAUCUAUUUUUGGUUCGAUGUUUGCGCACCGAACAUCACUUAUUUUGUCUCGGAGAAGUCGGCUAUAAUGUCGGAGGGAGUUCGAUAUUGGCUCGACCUGAAGAAAAAACAGAACGUGCAAAAGGCGACGAUAACUGAUCUCCAUAAUGUGCUCAAUCAAUUUUUAGAAGAGGUUGGGUAUACGGGUGACAACAAUUUUAGUGUUGGAAAUUUUCUCAUUGCAUUGAACUCGAUGACCCAAUUCACUGAAAUAGAACACAAUGAGUAUUACAACCAUUGCAAAUCAGUUAAACUUGGCGACGAAAUUGAUGUGACUGAGUUGUACCUUUAUGUAAACAACACCCCCAUUCAGUUCGACAAAUUUAAGUUUGUUGAGAUAAAAAAGAACAACGUCAAAGUUCCAAUGGUAUGUUUGAAGAGUGACACAAAUUGCUUUGCUGAGUUGCUAGGGAGUGGGUCUUAUGGGAAAGUGUUGAAAGGGAAAUACAUUUCUCGUGAUGGUUCAACCCAUGAAGGUGUAGACGUAGCAAUUAAAUGGUUUAUUCCACAGAAAUAUGGUAAUGUGUAUGGGCAAUAUUUUUAUCUUCGUGAAGUGAGGAUGUUGAGCAGUUUAAAGCGUGAGCCAAAUAUUGCAGAAAUCAUUGGUAAAAAUGAUGAGAACGGACUUAUUGUUCAACGGCUGUAUAAACAAACAUUAAGGUCAUUUAUUCAAGGCCAAAAACAAACAGUGUUUAGUUCUUUUGAUACGAGUCGGGAUGCACUUGUGUAUAUUAUGGAUAUAGUGAAUGCAGUUUUAAACUUCAAGGAAGUUGGAUUGUUUCAUCGUGACUACAAGAUGGAGAAUACAUUUUUGUUGGACGAUAGAGCAUACAUGGGAGACUUUGGGUCUGGUGUUGUUCUGUCACUAACAAACACUGGCAAUACUAGUUUGGGAACAAUUGGAAACUUUCCACCAAACUACUAUAUAGAAAAGGACAGACAAAGAAUAGACACUUAUAGUGUUGCUGUGUUGUUAUCGAAUUUCUUUUUCACCCAAACGAAUUCAACAAGUGGUCUUGUCAUAAAAGCAUACCAAAAAUAUGGAAAUCCAGAUACAUUUGCAGAGGAAGUUCGCGAAAAGAAACAGAAAGAAAUGAUAAAGGUUAUUAAUGACAAUAUCUUAUACAAAUUGUACAAUUUCAAUUGUACACAACAACAAGUCGACAAAAGACUUGUUAAAUAUGUUGAAACCCUCAAAACUGAUUUAAUGAAUAUAAUCGAAGCAGGCAAAAAACAAUCAAAAGAUGAUUUGGGGCGUGCGAAAUUGCAGUCGAUAGUAGAAAACACUAAAACGUGUCUCAAAGAUGUUUUUAAAUAUGACUACAAACAACUCGAUCACAGAGUCGUAGAUGACGUGGCAAGCUUGUUUCAGAGUUUCACCAAGAUGUAUUCCUUAGAAGAAAAGAAAAUUGAGAACCACCCUAUUUCAUAUAUUACAUUCUUAGACGAUAUCAAUGCUAACAAAUAUGAAGAUGCACUGAACGCUAUGUACUAUAUACUCCAAGCAUUGGCAUUUGUUUGUGGCCAGAAAGAAGACAUGAAAAUGGCUGAAAGCGUUUGGGUACUUGGAAAGGAACUCUGCAAAUUCAUUGAUGGCAAGAAAAGACAAGAGAUGAUGGCAACUCUUGAAUGUCUUCAUAGUGCCGUCCAUUCUCAAUAA